UUCCCUUCUGCUUUUUUAAUCAUUAUCAUCCCCCUCAAACUUCAAACUCUUAACUUACAUCAUUAAAAUAGUACUAGUAUAACAUAACAAAAACUCAAAAACUCUUUAUUUCUACUACUACUAUUCCAUCAAGUUACCAUUUAAGACAUUAUACUACAAAUCCUCAAAUGAUUAUCCAAUUGUAAAGCAAAUCCUUCACUUCCUCCCCUUUCAAGAACUUAACAAAGAACUCUUUAAAUCCUCAAAGUUCUCAACUUUCUUGAAAUUUCUCUGCCCCAAGUGAGUUAAGAAUCUUAAUUUGUGAUUGCAAUGACUUCAAGACAGCCAAUUCCUUCAAAUCCAAAACCCAUGUCAGGCAUAAUUUUUCUCAUCAUUACAGUCUUAGCUUCACUUAUAAUCUUGUUUGCCAUUCUUUAUUUUCUUUACUAUCUUUGGUAUUCAUUGGUGCAUCGUUCUCGUACUAAUCCUUAUGAUUCCAUUACACCCCUUGUUAAGCUUCAUAGGUUUAGUUACAAAGAGUUGAAGUCAGCAACUGAAGGUUUUAGUGAUUCCACUUCAAUAGGAAAAGGGGGAUCUGGAACUGUAUACAAAGGGAUUCUUAGAGAUGGGAAAUUGGUUGCUGUUAAGUUAUUGGACUCUGGUUCAUUUCAGACUGAAAGGGAGUUUCAGAAUGAGCUUCAGAUUCUUGGUGGGAUAAAAUCUCCUCUUGUAGUUUCUCUUCUUGGUUAUUGUGUUGAGAGAAAUAAAAGACUUGUUGUGUAUGAGUAUAUGCCUAAUAGAAGUUUACAAGAAUCCCUUUUUUCUGAGUCAAGUUUGCGUAUGAAUUGGGGUAGAAGGUUUGAUGUCAUUCUUGAUGUUGCUAGAGCAUUGGCAUUUUUGCAUCUUGAUUGUGACCCACCAGUGAUUCAUGGGGAUGUUAAGCCUAGCAAUGUGCUUCUUGAUUCAGAGUACAAGGCUAAGCUUUCUGAUUUUGGGUUGUCAAGAUUGAAACUUGAUGAGGAAUUUGGGGUUGAUAUGUUUAGUCAAGAACUGGGGAAGAGUCAAGACCUUUCUGGGACUUUAGGGGGGAUGACUACAGGCACUGAGACUCCAACACCAAUUGGGACACCUAUGGAGAGUCAAGAUGAGGUAGAUUUUGCUAUGGCUUUACAAGCUUCGUCUUCUUCCAAAGGCAGUAAAAUUUUCCAAAAUAUUAGACCUUUUGGCUUUAGUUCUGUUACUCAAAAUUUGAGUUUUUUCAAUGAGAAUGAUGCCACAACUAGGAAUGCCAAGGGAAAGGAAGUGUCAAUUGUUGAAAAUGGUGUAGCAAGUUAUAAUGAGGAGCUUAGUAGUGUUGAUCAUAGGAAAGAGUUGGAUUUGGGUGGUGGAAAUGAUAAAGCAAGAAAUAUCAAACAAUGGGGUAAAGAUUGGUGGUGGAAACAGGAUGGUAGUGGUGAAUUAUGUAGCAAAGAUUAUGUAAAGGAGUGGAUUGGAAGCCAGAUAUGUCCAUCAACUAAUCCUGAGUGGGACUUAGAAAAGAAAUGUUCACCCCAGAAAACCAGUUUAGAUAUUUCAGCACCACUGAGUAAACCUGAGGAAGUGCAAGAAACCACAUUACAAGGACAAGAGCCAGAAACUCUCAAGAAAGAGUCCGAUAAGGAGAUAACGGAGAAAACGUGUAAUAAGAAGCCUAGGAAGAUGAAAGAGUGGUGGAAAGAGGAGCAUCUUGAUGAACUAAGCAAGAAGAGUAAGAAGGCUAAGAGACUAGAAAGUUUCUGUAAGAAGCGGUUCAAGAUUCCACAUUUUGAUAUUGGUAAACGCUUUCAAUUCAAGAGAAAGAGGAAAUUCGGAAUGCAGGAUGAGAAUGGAGAUGAUCCAGAUGCAGAAUUCAGUUUUAGGAAAGGUUGGAAGAGAAAGCAUACGCGUUCAAUGGGGAGUGAUAUGUGGAGCGGUGAUCUAUUCAGUCGAGAAUUGAGCAGCACGACAAGCAUGAGAGGUACAUUGUGCUAUGUUGCACCAGAAUAUGGAGGGUGUGGUUACUUAAUGGAAAAAGCUGAUAUAUACAGCUUUGGAGUUCUUGUCCUUGUGAUAGUCUCUGGUAGGAGGCCAUUACAUGUCCUUAAUUCGCCAAUGAAACUCGAGAAAGCAAAUCUUGUAAGCUGGUGUAAACAGCUAGCUCAUGCUGGAAAUGUGUUAGAACUUGUUGAUGAAAGACUAAAAGAUGACUACAACAAGGAACAAGCAAGUCUCUGCAUUAACUUAGCACUUGCUUGCUUACAAAAAAUGCCCGAAUUACGACCUGACAUUAGUGACAUUGUUAAGAUUUUGAAAGGUGAGAUGGAGUUACCAUCCCUCCCUUUCGAAUUCUCUCCCUCUCCACCUUCGAGAACGUUCAGCAGAUCAAAAAGACGACAUAAGAGUUACGCAGAAUAGGAAUUACUUGUCCAUGUUGAGAAAUUUUCUCCGAAUGUAUUUGUAGAAUCACUUGUUUUUUCAAUGUAAAUAUGAUGAAUGUAUUAAAUUUUAUCUUAUUUGAUGAUUAUAACUGCAGUC